ACACAACAGUAUGUGUGUGAAGUGAACAAAAAUAUGGCACAUCAAAACGUUGCCUCUAGAUUCCAAAGCGAUAAUUUAUAAUAUUUAAAAAGACAAAAAAAUACCGAAAAUUAAAUAUCAAACAUUAACUCGUUUCCACUGUAAAUCACUCCCCAUCACCAUAAUACAAACCAAUCAAUUGGCAAUGAUUAGAAUGUUUGAUUAGUGAGAAGAAAAAAAAAACAUAAUAGAAAAAAAGCAUUUCGUUUUCUUCGUUUAUUUUUGUUGUUGUUAUUUGAACAAUUUGAUAUGUACAAAGAGAGUAGUCAGCAAAUUUAAUCACAAGAAAAAGAAAAUGUUCUAAUCGUUUUUAUUAACAUAAGGUUUUCCCUUUUGAAUUGCUACCGAAAACGAAAUAAAUAAACAAACGAUUAAAUAUUUUCUUCAAUAUUCCCAUUUUGUAUUGGACAAUUCAAAAAUUUGUUCGAAACAGUAAUAGUGUUUGUGUGCAAGAAUGUGCUCUUGCCCAAGCCGUUUUCGUUGAGAAAACCGCAACAACGACGACACGCUUGAAAAUGACAUUAUGCGAUACGCGAUCCCAUUGGCAAAGUCUUUAACAUUGCAAUAAAACAAGAAAUAGAAUCGAAAACAUAGAGAAAAUUGCGAGUUUCCAACGUGUGGAAUCGACCGUCAGUGGAUCAUAUUUUUACUUAGCAUUUAGUAGAGUAGAGUUUUUUUUUAAUGAAUUCCUCCGAAUCGAAAACCAGGUAAAUGAAUUGAAUUUGUUGAUGCAAUUUUGUGUUUUUUUUCUGUUUUGCCUAUCUAUUGUGACUGUGUAUAUACGUUUGUUGGCUCUUGAAAGCAUGAUGCAAUUACAACUUCAAUUGAGCAGUGGUAUUUUGAUUCAUCGCAUCCGAUUGCAAUUUUGUUGCGUUAUGAUUGCAUCAUUUUUGACAUAAGUUCCGAAAAAUGCCGCGAAAAUCCCAUUGCAUUGACAAUUUGGUAUGGGUUCUGACAAGAGUGAUGUUGAUGAUCUUCAGAAUCUAGCAGAAGUAACCGAAUCAAGCGUAGCCGUAAUCAAAUUUCAUGAGGAAAAGAAGAAAGAAAUAAGACACAAAGUGCGAAUAAUCAAUUGAUUAGUCAGAGUAACUGAGUGUUUGUGUGUGCGACAGGGAGAGAGAGAGAGAGAGUGUGUGAGUGAGUGAGAAGAUUUCCCGAAGAGUUGUAAUCACAAUGGAAAACGAUGUAAUUCGAUUGGCUGGCGAGCUGUCCGUUGCGGUUGAGGUGAUCAUGGAUCCAAAUGUAUCACAACAAGCCCGGAUGGAUGCCUACAUUGCCUGUGAAAAAUUCAAAGAUAUGUCACCAUUCUGUGCACAAGCCGGCCUUUACUUGGCCAGCGGUCCAUUUAGCGCAAAUAUUCGGCAUUUCGGAUUGCAACUGAUGGAACACACCGUUAAAUUCAAAUGGAAUUGCAUUUCACAGGAGGAGAAAAUCUUCAUCAAGGAAAAUUCAAUGAAACUGUUGAGUUUGGGUGUUGGUCCGGCAGAAGAUUCAUCAAUAUCUCACAUAAAAGAUGCAUUAUCGCGUAUCAUUGUUGAAAUGAUAAAGCGAGAAUGGCCUCAGCAAUGGACCACCCUAUUGGCUGAACUAUCCGAUGCUUGUACAAAGGGUGAACCACAAACCGAAUUAGUUCUGUUGAUAUUUUUGCGUUUGGUUGAAGAUGUUGCCCUACUACAGACCAUCGAAUCGAAUCAACGACGCAAAGACAUUUACCAGGCACUCACCGUCAAUAUGACUGAAAUUUUUAAUUUUUUCCGACGUUUAAUCGAAUUGCAUGUAAACGCCUUCCGGAGCACCACUUCGAUGGGCGAUCAAAAGGCUCGUGCUCACAGUCGUGUCGUACAAGUUGUCCUAUUGACAUUGACUGGUUUCGUUGAAUGGGUAUCAAUUGUUCAUGUAAUGGCCGAAGACGGUCGUUUGUUACACAUUUUAUGCAUUUUAUUGAAUGAUGUUGCAUUCCAAAUUCCGGCUGCCGAGUGUCUGGCAAUCAUUGUGAAUCGAAAGGGUCAGCUGAAGGAACGACGACCGUUAGCACUUCUAUUCACCAAAGAUGCAAUCGAAUACAUUUAUCGGGCGGCCAGCACAACGACCGGCAUACCAUCGGAUCAUUAUUAUGCAUUUUUGAAGAAAUUGGUGGCCGUUGUGUCCGGCCUCACAUCACAAUUGGUCACACUGUGGGGAAAAGAAGAGACACCGGUCAUUCAGCCGGCACAGUUAUCUACAUUUUUGGAAAUUGUGUACACACUUGCACGACAUCCAAGCCUCACAAUUAGUCAUGGUGCCACACUCAUAUGGAACGUUCUACUGAAACACGAUCAAAUUUCCAAAGAUCCCAUUUUCGUUGAUUACAUACCGAAAAUCAUCGAAGUUGUUGGACCAAAAGUACUGAAGGUUCAAUAUCCAACAGCACGAACAUUGCAAAUAUCAGAUUCACCUCAAUCAUUUGCGUGCAUCGAUUACGAUAGUGAGGAGGAAUUUGCCAUGUUUUUCUACCGUUGCCGAACCGAUAUUCUGGAAGUAUUCCGUCAAUCAACGUUGAUCGCACCAUUGGUUACCUUCGCAUACUGUGAGCAUUGGAUUCGAUUGCGAUUACAAAAGGCGGCCAACGAACGGAACACGACAUGCAGUGUACAAGAUCCGGCUUACCUAGAAUGGGAAGCAAUUUCCGUGGUAUUGGACAGUGUAUUGAGUCGAAUUCUAAUGGUGAAUGAACGACCAUCCGUUCAAUCUGGAUUACUCAUACUCGAAGAGUGUUUGCGAAUCGAUUCACGUGAUCCGUUGAUUCUGUCAAUCGUUCUAACGUGCAUUUCAUCGUUGUUCGUCUUUCUGAGUAUGUCAUCUUGCCAAAUAACCGCUGGCAAUUGUAUUGCCAUGAGUGGUGUAUCACUGUUGCCACGUGUUUUAGAGAAAAUUUUCGCUUGUGUCAUAUUCCAAGAGCCAAGUCAACCGAUAGCCACCAAAAAUUUGCGCCGUCAUUCGGGUUCGUUGCUUGUAAAACUUAGCAUCAAAUAUCCGUUGCUAUUGUUGCCAGUAUUUGAUCAGAUCAAUUCGACGAUCAAGAAUUUAGUGGCACAACAGACGGGUUCAUUGAGUAAAAUGGAGCAAAAUCUGUUGCAAGAGGCUCUGUUAGUCAUUUCCAAUCAUUUUGGUGACUAUGAGCGUCAAACGGCGUAUGUGAGCGAGAUAAUUGUGCAAAGCAACACACUCUGGUCAUCAACGUCGACGGCUCUCGAUUCGGCCCGUGAAUUUAUGCGCUUUGUUGGCAUUGACAAGCCGCCCAUGGCCGAUGCACAACUCGAUCCAAAUUGGCCAAAUCGAACGAAUUUGAUGCAUGCACUGAACACAGUGCUCGGUGUGGUCAAGCGUUGUUCAUGGCCUGACGAUCCGGAUCGUGCAUCACGCGGCGGUUUUGUUGUUGGUUUCACCGAAUCAGGCAAUCCAAUUUAUCGAAAUCCAGCCACACCACAUGUUGUUCCAAUUCUUCCGAAAAUUCUGUGCUUGGCACGUAUUUUUAACGAUUUAUACAGUGCGGAUGUGUCAUGCCAUUUGGCCGAUGGAUUCAAACAGAUCAACAGUAUGCUGGAACAAGAGAAGAAAAAUUUAAUGGGAUUGCCACCAGUGUUAGUUGAUCCAAUGGAUCCGAAUCAAACAAAGGAACUACCAACUGUAUCAAAGCUUCAAACCUAUAUGCAAACACUGUUCGAUAAUUGUUAUCACUUAUUGGGUUCGGCUGGACCAUCGUUGGGCAGAGAUCUAUACGAAUUACCUGGCAUUGGUACGGCAUUGGUUAACAGUGUCUUUGCCAGUUUGCUGAACGUACCCGAUCAUCGUCUUCGAACGAUCAUUCGCGUUUUCCUCAAACCAUUCAUCUACUCAUGUCCACCUGCCCUCUAUGAUUCCGUCAUUAUGGAUGUUCUGAAACAUGUUCUACCAUUGAUGCUAAAUCGCUUGACGGCACGCUGGCAAUACAUCACAUCCCUAUAUGAAUCCGGCGAACUCGGCGAAGAUGUCAAUGACACACAGGAAGUGGUCGAAGAUAUGCUCAACCGAACACUGACCCGCGAAUAUUUGGAUGUCCUUAAGGUAGCUCUGGUUGGUGCCACAAUCACACCGCAAAGCAUUGAACGUGACAAUUCGUCCGGUGCACUAGACAUGGACCAGGACGACCAUUCGAUGGAUAUACCAACACAAAACACUCGCGCAACACUCGCCACCGAGGUGAUUAGCGAUUUGGGAGCGAAACUUUUACGCAAUCCAGGCACAUGUGAUUCAAUUUGCUUUACAAUUUUAAGUGCGGUAUCAUGGAGUGACACAUCGUGUAAUUUCAAGGCCGUUCUACUAACGGGACCGAUAGUGAGAUUCUUGGCGACAGAGGAUCUUCUGACGUCCUCACUGGCGACACACGUUCUAUUGGCUGUUCUACAGGGAUUGCAAAUUCACGGACAACACGAAGCGAAUCAGGCAACAUUGAUAACGCUGGGUGUUCAAGUUUACGAGAUUAUGCGGCCGAAAUUCCCUCACAUUGUCGAAAUAAUGCAGCAAAUACCAAACACAAACGUGGCCGAUAUCCAGAAACUGGACGAGAAAGUCUUGGUGGGCGCACAAAGCAAGGGCAAAAUCGAUAAAUACAAAAAGGAUCUAUUUAAAAAGAUUACGGCACAGUUAAUCGGCAAGAACAUCGGUCAGUUGUUCCGUAAAGAGGCUAUCUUCGCCAAUCUGCGACCAAUGACAAACCCAUCGGCCAAUUCAGCAACCUACACUAGCCUUUUAGAUAGCAAUAAUCAGGAAACGAAUAUCGUGUCCCAAUUAUUUUCAACGAAUAGUUAGUGAAUCGAAUAUUUAGCAAAAAAAAAGCAAAUAUACAAAUGAAUGAAAACGAGAAAAAACAACCAAUUUAGCGCUUCUGAAUGGAAUGGUAAAAUCGCCGCUCCUCUAAAACGGAAAAAAAAAACAGAAGAAAAAGCAAAAAACCAUUUUGGCAACUCAUCUGAUUAUAAAUCGAUUUUAAUUUUGUUAAGUUUUGCUUCUUUUCAACUUAAUCAAUGUUUUUUCCUUGUUUUCUUAUUUACUCAUGAUGAUUUGUUUUCUUGUUGCCAAUCAUGCGAAUUCGAUAAUUAUUUUUUUUCGCCUAAUUUAUUUCGUGUUUUUUUUUUAUUUAACUUUAACAAUUCCGAGAGCUCUAAGCCAAUUUGUCACACAAAAUCCAACCGAAUUAUGUAAAUCCAUUUCAUUCAGGAUCUGGAUUUAAAAUAUUUGAACGAAAUUUUGGCGGCAUUAAAAAGUAUAAAUUCAUUGUUUUUUCUGUUUUAAGAAUUUACAUUCGAAAUCCGACAAAGUCGGACAGAGGAUUACACACACAAAGUGUUUGCCCGAAACAAAUUACAUAUUUUUGUUGCAUUUGGCGCCAUCGUCAACCAUCGAGAGGCAUUAAAUGAAAUGGAUAGCUCCGGCUCAAAUACUUUGUAACAUUCUUUAAGCGAAAGACAACACAUAAAUUAUUACAAUCGAAAGAAAAAAAGAAACAGCAGAUACAAAGAAUUUUGAUAAAAUCUUAUCUUCCGCCAAAUUGCAUUCAACACACAUUCAGAUGAUGCGCAGUUAAACUUUUUUUCAUAUUUUUUUCUAAACACACACACACACAAAUGAUUUUUCUAGAAAUAUUAAAGGAAAAUAUCUGUUAUAUUACUGUAAAAUAUUCAAAUGAAUAGAAGAAGAAGAGGAGAUGAAAAUCAUAAGAUAAAUCGAAAACAAAUUUCUAAUUCUAAAUAAACUAAUCGAUUGAUGUAGUUUUAAUUGCAAACUUGAAAACAUAUUUAAAUAAACAGAAAAAUUUAUAGCUAUUUUGUAAUGAAAUAAACAAUCAACAUGGAACAGCUAAUUUAAA